GGAGGUGAGUCGGUGUGUUGUGGACUCGUGGUGCUGGCUGCCGCUGUUCAGGCGGCCGGGAACGGGCGGUGGGGAGCGGGCGGAGCUGGCCUUGCCUCUGCCUGGCCGGCGCCGCAGUCGGCGCGGGCUGCGCCCGCCGCCGCCAACUGCCCUGAGCGCCUGCUGAGGCCGAGGGAGACGUCGGGGCCUGCACCUGGAGGGAGCCUGCCGCGCUGGCCCCGAGGAGGGGGCGUUGCCAUGGCGACAGCCUCUCCCGCUGCUGACGGGGGACGGGGGCGGCCCUGGGAAGGAGGGCUGGUCUCCUGGCCCCCCGCCCCUCCCCUUACUCUCCCCUGGACUUGGAUGGGCCCAAGUUGGGGGCAACACCCCGGGCAUUGGGGCUUUCCAGCUCUCACAGAACCUUCAGCAUCCCCAGCUGCCGGUCUUGGCAUCUUCGAAGUAAGGAGAGUUUUAGAUGCUUCUGGAUGUUCAAUGCUAGCACCUUUACAGACUGGAGCAGCUCGAUUUUCUUCGUAUUUACUUUCAAGAGCAAGAAAAGUGCUGGGCUCCCACUUAUUUUCUCCCUGUGGUGUUCCGGAGUUCUGCUCCAUAUCCACCAGAAAGCUGGCGGCCCACGGCUUUGGCGCAUCCAUGGCGGCAAUGGUGUCCUUCCCUCCCCAGAGGUAUCACUACUUUUUAGUGCUGGACUUUGAGGCCACGUGCGACAAGCCACAGAUUCAUCCUCAGGAAAUCAUCGAGUUCCCCAUCUUGAAGCUAAAUGGCCGGACCAUGGAGAUUGAGUCUACCUUUCACAUGUAUGUCCAGCCUGUAGUCCAUCCACAGCUUACCCCAUUCUGUACAGAGCUCACCGGGAUUAUUCAAGCCAUGGUGGAUGGUCAGCCAAGCCUGCAGCAAGUGCUGGAGAGGGUCGAUGAGUGGAUGGCGAAGGAAGGCCUCUUAGAUCCAAACGUCAAGUCAAUUUUUGUCACCUGUGGAGACUGGGACUUAAAAGUCAUGCUCCCAGGCCAGUGCCAGUACUUGGGCUUGCCGGUGGCGGAUUACUUCAAGCAGUGGAUUAAUCUGAAAAAGGGCAGCAGUCCUGGAGCAGCCUCAGGAGCUUCACGCUACCAGUCAGAGGAAGCUCAGAGAAAAGAGAACACACCAGGGGUCAAGGCUUACAGCUUCGCCAUGGGCUGCUGGCCCAAGAAUGGACUUCUAGACAUGAACAAGGGCCUCAGCCUGCAACACAUAGGCCGGCCCCACAGCGGCAUUGACGACUGCAAGAACAUUGCCAACAUCAUGAAGACACUCGCCUAUCGAGGCUUCAUCUUCAAGCAGACAUCGAAGCCGUUCUGAUUGGCCGAGGACAGGAUGGGGCAGGACAGGGUAGCUGUUUGGCCCAGCCCAGAAUCCUCCUCUCCCUCACCAGAGGGGAAGAGGGAGAGUGGCAUAGCUCUGCAUCCAGAGUGUCCCCCAGCUGCCCUGUGGGCUUGUGCCCUUGGCGUGGGCUUGUGCCCUUGCAAGGGCUUGGCCACUUGGCCCUUCUGGAGCAGACACUUUGUGCCCCCCAUCCCCACCCCUCAAUCUCAGCCCAGUAUUAGCCCCUCCCAUUGCGGGCCUGGGCUAGGGGAACCCAGGCACUCACCGCCUCCUCCCUGGUACACAGGCUUCUGUGGGGCCACCAAGCCCCCCCUGUGCCCCCUCCCAUCCAUAGUGCAUGGUGUGUGGUGCCCCCAGGGCUCCAGGACAGAUCAGGCCCCACCUUGUGUCUACCCCCAUCCCCGCUGUGAACGUGCCACUGAAUAAAGUCGGGGAAACGAGGCA